AUGGAGCACUUCCCACAAGGUUUGCUCUACCGCUCAGCAGACUUGUCGGGUCUCACUGAGCAAGGUCUUCCGCAACUAGCGCGCUAUGUACACACAAUCAUCGAUGUUCGCUCAAUGCCUGAAGUCAAGCGCAACGGCACAAUUGGACCGCUAGAAAAGACCUUUUCUGACGCGCAGCUUGCUGAGCAUGGGGUUGUUCGCCAUCAUGUACCAAUCUUUAAAGAAACAGACUACUCGCCCGAUGCAAUCGCGCACCGUCAUGGCUUGUACAAGAAUGGCUCAGAUGGCUUCGUCGAAGCCUAUAGGGGUAUUCUGGAGCAUUGCGAUCCUGCCUUGAAUGCUGUCUUGACCGCACUGAUACACAAGAGCAUCCGUCAGAAGGACAGGCGCGGUGUGCUCGUUCACUGUUCAGCGGGCAAGGACCGUACCGGCAUCUUAUGCGCUCUUGUGUUAUUGUAUGCCGGUGUCUCUGCUGAAGCUGUUGCCUCUGAGUACGAGCUCACCUCCCUCGGUCUUGCUGACAAGAAACGCGCCAUUCUCGAAUCGCUCUCGCGACCUGGUGCAGAUCUCGGUAGUCAGGCACAAGUCGAAAGCAUGAUGGGCAGCCCAAAGAUUGUGAUGCUCAAGUCCAUCGCAGUGAUGAAAGCUGAAUUCAGUGGCGUAGAGGCCAUCGUCAAGCGCAGCGGCAUGUCGGAGGCGGAUUUAUUGGUGUUUCGGGCGUACACAGCUGAGCAACCUAGCGUCAAGUUGUAG